AUGAGCGGAGAUGGCGCUAUUGCUUCCGCAACGGAUAAGAAACUAGUUGAAGCAUCGGUACAAGCAAGUGAGGGUGAAUUUGAUGAAUCGGUAACCGCAACUGUCUGCCAGUUGUCGUCUGUAUCUAAAUAUAAACUCAAGGUGCAAGUUGGUGAAACAGAGGUUGAAGCUAUCGUCGACACAGCAGCAGAAGUUACAAUUAUCUCUGAAGAGGUGUACAAAAAAUUGAAAGUGAAGCCGAAGACCGUGAAAAAUGCUAAGCUGUUGACAGCUGGAAAGGAGUUAUUCAUGAAUGGUUUGGUUGUGGGGCCAGUUAGACUACAAAUUGGGUCUAAGGUAUAUCGCGAAUCUAUAUACGUAGCACCAAUUACACAAGACAUGCUACUAGGUUUUGAUUUGUUGCAUAGUAAAGCAGUUCUUUACAUGAGAAGAGGCAUAAUUAACUUUGAUGGAGAAGAUUUGCAUCUGAAUGUUGACAAGGCUAGUGGCGAACCGCUCGUGGCGAGGGUCACUGUAUGUAAAAGGAGUGUUGUGCCGCCAAAUUCAGUGAUGCAAGUCAAGUGCCGCGUAAAUCGUGCAAUGUCAGAGUCCAUGAUAGAGCCAGAUGAAGGUUUAAGAGUACUUGUCCCAAAGACUGUGCAUGGUCAAGGAAGUAAUGCUACACAGUGUGUGGUAAAUGCUUCUGAUAAGUUCCGGUUGCUGAAGAAGGGGUCGGAAGUAGCAAAUGCCUAUCCAGUUGAAGAGGUAUUAAAUCCAGAAGUGGAAGUUGAAGUGCAUUCCGUUGAGCAGGUGGAGGUUGAUGAAAAUGUUAAAGUACCGAGUCACCAUGAAGAAGUAUAUGCCAAGUCAACGACACACCUGGAUGAUGAAAAGAAAAGCGAGCUUCGUAAGCUAUUGGUUGAUUAUCAAGAUGUUUUUGCAACAAGUGAAUUCGACCUUCGGAACUUCACUGAGAUACAGCACAGCAUAGACCCUGGAACUGCCAAACCGAUAAAGCAGCGCAUGCGUCGUACGCCUGCAUGCUUAGUGGCGAAAGAAGAGGCACAUUUGAAGAUGCUUGAGGCUGGGGUGAUUCAGGAAUCAACUUCUGAAUGGGAUUCAGCACCAGUGUUUAUAAGAAAAAGGGACGGAACUGUCCGCUGGUGCAUCGAUUACAGGGCCUUGAACAAUGUCUGUGUGAAGGAUGUUUUUCCUUUGCCCUUGGUCGAUGAUUGUCUGGACACACUGGCCGAAAGUUGCUGGUUUUCAAAGCUGGAUGCCAACUCUGCAUACUGGCAGGUGAAGAUAAAGGAAGAAGACCGGCAUAAAACUGCAUUUGUUACCAAGUAUGGUUUGUAUGCGCAUGUGAAAAUGGGCUUCGGGUUGUGCAAUGCGCCAGCCACAUUUUCAAGAGUCGUGAAUCUCGUAGUCCGAGGUUUAAACUGGAAAACCGUUCUGGCCUUCCUAGAAAUAUUUUGGUUCUAG